UGAAAAGCUAUAUGUAGUCGUGUACCCGUGCCCAAGCGACUGCACGGUGGAGCUUUCUCUUAAACGCUGCACGGGUAUGAAAUUGCUAACCAGCUUACUGCUUUUCUUCCGAUUGAUGUUUGCACAAGCUGUUUUCAGAAAGCCCCAAGUAAAGAACGCUACAGUGCCACUGGUAUGCCAUAUGUCGCCAUAUCAAGGGAACGACUGUAGCCUACCAGGUGCACUCUGGUAUUACGACCUUCAGAUAAAAUCCUGCAAAAUGCUCACCACAGGUUCAUGUGGCUCUGGCCGCAACCGCUUCGCCACAAUUGGCAAGUGCCAGCAAUUAUGCCAACCUCCCACUGGACGUGCGGAACAUAUAUGUCUGGAACAACCGGCCCCUGGAAUGUGCUCACACGUAUCUCAUGCCUGGUAUUUUGAGCGGUCCAGCCAAAAGUGCAAGAAGUUCAGCUAUACGGCUUGCUCCAAACAACACAACUUUUUCUUGUCAGAAAUGAAGUGCCAGUCAGUGUGCCUACCGAUGAUGACACCAAAACCCUUCUGCAGUCAGCGACCAGUUUCUACAUUUUGUGCAGGCUCGGCAAAUCACUGGUACUUCGAUGAAAACAAAAAUACCUGCCUUGUAUUUCUAAAGAAUCGCUGUGGGAAAAACAGCAACCGCUUCCAAACAUUUACCCAGUGCAUGAAAAGAUGCAGCUAUUAUAUAUCUUAGGUACGGAUGACUUGAGGAGGGAAGCCUACAUAAACUGGAGGACCCUUAUCAGACAUUCCUACGCAGCUAUUACCAGCAACAGCAUAACUAUUUUUAUAUAUUAGUGCCAAGCAAAGAUGAACUAUGUUCCAAAUAAACUUACAAAAAAAUUUG